ACAGGGGAGGGCGGCUGAGGGCACAAGGGCCCGGGCUGGCGAUGGAGCUGUACCUCAGUUCCUGUUCUAAGGCCGCCAACGUCGCUGCCGCCAAGACGGCCACCAGCAGCCUGGCCUCGGAGAGCCAACAAUGCGGAGACGGCGUGCACAAAACCCAAUUUCCAGCCGUCGGAGCGAGUCAACUACUGGAUCUGCCUCUUGGGGUCAAGUUGCCUAUGAUCCCAGGAAGCAAUACUUUAUACUAUACUACGAACUUAAGUGAAAAGCUUUUUCGACCUUCUUAUGGUUUUAACCUGACUGAUCCUUACUGUCGACUUUUGGAAAACCAAUAUAAAAGUCUCCAUGAUCCACAUUUAAGAGCAUACUAUAAGCGCAAAGAUAUUCUGAGAAGAUUAAAGAAGGAUGGCUAUAUCACCAGCAAUAAUAAAAUUGUAUGUACCUUGAGGGAAUUGAAUAAAUACAGGCAAUAUCUUACCACUUUAAAAUUAGACUUUGAAAGAAACUAUAUGAAAGAUCAAGAAAUGAUUGCAAAGCAAGUAAAUAAACUACAGGAAAAUACUCAAACACCUGGACAUUCUGAUGUUGCACGGUUCCAAAAUUGGUUAUUACAGAAUGACACUCAAUCUGUUAAGGACCAGGAACAAGUAUUAAGGAACAGAUAUUUGGACAUGAUAAAUAGGGAAUUAAAACAACUUGAGUGUGCAGCAGGAGAGCAACACCUGCUCCGGAUGGAUAGAGAAGAAAGACGACAGCGAGAACACACAAGAAGAAAACUUAGUCUUCGUAGAAAAAUUGAAGAGGAAUGGAAGACAAAAGAGAUGCUACUUCUGAUGAAGAUUGGAGAAGAUGUUAAAAGAGAAGCUAGAAUAGAGGAACAACGGCGUCGAAACAGAGAAGAGAGUGACAGGAAGAAACAAGCCCUUCUAGAGAAAAAAAUGGCUUAUCAUUUACAAAAAAUGCAAGAAAAUGGCUUUAAAAGAGAAGAGAUGAGAAACAACAAUACAUUUCAUUACAGAGGACAAGAUGGAACAUAUAGAGAAACUUAUUCUCCAAAGAAGAAAAUAAAGUCCUUUGAAAAUAUAAAUUUAGUUUACCAAGUUGGUGACCAGAGACCAAAUAAAGGAGUAUACGGAGCUGCAGCAAAUGCUAUUCAUCAAUCUCUACGUAAUACAAAGAAUGUCAUCAAAAAAUCAACUUUAGCUGGCCAGUCAGAUGUACAAAUUAAUGGUACUGAACAAAAGAAAGAUGGAGUAACUAGAAAAUCAAAUACUUUUGAUGAUAGAGCUGCUGUAAAGAUCUCAACUCAAAAUUCAUUUAUUUCAGCUCAAACUUCACCCACAAGAUACGGUCCAAGAUCUUCACAGUCUUACUUGGAUCCUCCAGAAGAUGAGAAGGAGACAUACACUGAUUUUAAUGAACGAUCCAACAAGAGAUCAAGCUACUUCUGUGAAUCAGGACCUCAGGUUCACGCCAAAGCCCAGGGUAUUUUCACAAAUACAGAACAGAACUUCUUACAGAAUUGCUUGAACAAAAAAGUAACUUGUGAAGAAUUGAAUAGUAAAAUUCAGAAUGUAAUGACCUGGGUUGUAGCUACAGUGACCAGUAUAUUAUACCCUGCCAUCACAAAGUACGAAGAAAGGUUCCGGAAUAAAGCAUACCCAGGGUCUGUGGACUCCGUCUUAUCUUCAGAGAGUUCAAGUUUCUGUAGCACAUGCAGUGAAGAGUUUACAUACAGAUGCUACACGUCUGCUACUACCAAAACAUUUCAGCGAGAGCCAUGUGCCGUUGAGGUUGAUGUCUCAGUAAGGCGACCAGCCACACCUUUAAAGCCACCUUCUGCCCACGUCGAAAGAACAUUUGUAGGGAAAACAUACUACAUGAAGGGGCCAUCUAUAACAUCGGAACUCAAAUAUGAUAAAACCAGUAUGGUAUAUGCAAGUCCUAUGCUCCGAACUUGUAAAUCAGAUAGCCACCUUUUAGCAUCAUUUGAAACAGACACAAAAAAAUCUAAGGAUGCUACCACUGAAACAGAUGGCUUAGAGAGUUCACUCGUCCUUGAUCAAAAAGCAAAAGCCAUGAAUGAAAUGAAAAAUUUGAAGAACGUUUUUGUUAACUUUAAAUGUCACUUAAAAGGGGAAACUGAAUUGAUUUUAGAGAGCAUUUUUCAAGAAAUAAUGUCUGAUUUAACACAGGCCAUUCCUUCUAUUUCUUCUAUUACUGCUGAAGUUUUUGUUGACCAAAAUGAACCUGAAAAGGGAGACUUGCUUUAUAACAUUGAUAUCUGCUCAGCAGCCUCAGAGAUUGUGGAGAAUAUGCUUGAGAAGCUACAUUCUGCAGUUGAGAAAAAAUGUGUUGAGAUAUUUUCCCAAGAUGUGUCAGUUGACAUUAAACCAGGCUUAACACCCAAUAGAGAAUACCUCAGUCCAUCAAAUGGAAAACCUUUAAAAGCUGCACUGCCUUGUAAUUUAGAACCCAUGUGUGACAUUGCAGAGGAUAUGGUACAUGCCAUUUUAGAAAAGCUGGUGACUCUUGCUUCUUGUAAGCAAAAUGAACUGUCUCAUCUUGAAGAUGCACUUGAACUUUCCAAUCAGCAACCUGUGACAGAACCAACAUAUAUGUCCCUCAAAAGAGCUGACAGAAAGAAAUGUAGUCCUGAACCUGAUGCCACUAGUUCAGUUGUUAAAGAUGAAAUAAAAAAUUUAAUGUCAAAUAUUUUUUCCCAAUCUUCUUUGGUUGACUAUAUAGUGGAGGCAAUCAGCACUAUACUAGGAUAUGUACAAUCUGAACUUAAUGAUGAGAGACUUAUUGCAUCUGAAGAAACAGUAAUAUUCCUUCAGCUUCUUGAUGAUAUUUUAACUCAACUACAUCAAGAGCCAGGAAAAGGAGAUGUUAAAAAAUGUAGACACUCUAGACUAAGAAAUCCUUCUGACACUGAAGAAAAAUACAGACUUACUGGCACUGGAUUAUCUUAUGGUCCUAGGUCAAGAAGACCAUUUCCACCUGUUAAUGUUCCUGGCAUGGUUUUCUAUUCUGAAGAUGAUAAUGAAGAAAUAGACAGAAUUGUGAAUAAUGUGCUUGAUUCAUCUUUUAAAGAUGACAAUCCAAAAUCCUGGGGACAAAUUCCUGAAAAUUUUUUUAAAAAAGGAAACACCUGCUUUGAAUAUAAUAGAAAUAGCAAACCACUUAAAGAAUCUACUGCUCAAAGAAACAAAAUUGCAUUUUGUGAUGAGGGGUUAAAGACUGAGCUACCAUCUUUUAAUAAUAAAGAAAUUUUAAAGGAAAAACCCUGUUUGAAUAAAGAAAGUUUGAUUUUCAGCCAAGAUCAAAAGUAUCACAUACAAAAGGCUUCAGAAAACAUAGUUAGAAAUAUUUUAACAGAAAUGCUCAAGGACCUACCUAGUCACUUAGGCAGUAAAACUGGCAAAGCAGCUUCUUCUGUUUUUGUUUCAGAAAAAUCUCAAGGACUGUCACAUCAAGAAUGGAUAGACCAGAUGUUCUCCGUGUCAGAAAUUAGUGCAGUGGCUCAAGAAAUAACAGACGCUGUGUUAAAUAUAUUCUAUAAGGCCUUAAGCUUCAUUCCCAAUACCAUUAGAGGUUCCAUUUCAUCUUCAGUUCAAACUUCUCUCGAUACUUGUGAUACUCCUCCCAUGGUCAAAGAAGCACCAAAUAAAAAGCCAUUAAAGAUAUGGUUUGACAGUGAAAAGAAAGUGAAAUAUUUAUCUUCAUUCAGUGUAGAUCCUGCAAGCCCUUCUCUGGUAAAAUCUGAAAAAAGUGAACCUCAACCUAUGGAUGGCAUUGCUGAUAAAAUCAUUGAUACAGUUUUUAAAAGGCUGGGGUUAUUCAUUUGUCAGAAAUUGCAGAUGGUCUUCAAACCUACAGUUGCUAAGCAAUCUUCAUUAAAAUCUCAGCUUAGUACUUACACAGCUAAAGUGGUAAACAUUGUUUUGCAUGCUAUCCAGAAUGAACUAGAACUCAGUAAGAGAACCCUAAAUCAUAGGGAAAUAGACCAUACCAAAUCUCUUACAGGUAAAGAAUUUUUUGCUGACACUGAUAAAUUAGAAUCUCUUGUCUCAAAUCUCAGUGAUGACAUUAUGGAAUCUCCAUUAUUAACUUGUAUUUGUAAAAUUUUAUCAAGUGGACAUUCAGAUCAUAGCAAUAUUUCACUCCCUUCAGACCAGCCAAAGCCUGCAACUUCAUAUGGGUUUGACAAUGUUGAUAAACAAAACAUUUUGCCAAAUAGGCAGGAUAAAAAAUUUUUUCACAAAGAUUUGGAUACUCCAUGUGCUCUCCAUAGUGUUGUAAAUGGAAAAGAUCUCAAAGAAAAUGCCAGAUUGCGAGUGUUAGACAGUAUUGGAGAAAUACUAUAUGAAAUGUUUUGUAACCUCAUAGGAGCCCAUUCUCACCAAGACAGAAAAGAGAAGGAAAAUCCUCAAAUGGCCCCCUCAUUGCAUUCUAACAUUCAGAUCAUUUCCCAAACAAUUUUGGAAUACAUCCUUGCAAAAUUAUGUAAUGUAGAUAUGGAUACCAGUUUUGCAAGUUCUGGAUUUAAAGCUGUCUCAGAGCCUCAGUCUCUUGAUAUCGACAGCCUAUCAUUUGCUUCAAUUAUUGAGGAAAUGGCCAAAUGCACUAAAAUGAUCUCCAGCAUAGUUUCCAGAAUGAUUCAGGAGGGUAAUAAAGAGGUGACAAAAAGCAAAGCAAAAACUAUUGCUUUGGUGACGUCCAAAACAGGGAGCACAAAAGAAAUACAACCAAAUGAACUGAAAGCUGUAGCUUCAGAUAUUCUUAAUAUGGUUUUUGCUAAACUGGAAGGGUUUGCUAAUGGAAAUUUAGAAGCUCUGGGUUCUAUUAAUGAUGGAAAUGAAAAAAGCAGUAAGAUAGACUUGGAAUAUGAAAGUCCGAGUAUUUUCACAGACACACAUGAAGAACUAUUGCAGUCUGCUUUAUACAUGAAUGCAAAAAAGAUAUCGAGUACUAUUUUGAAAGCUAUUCAAACAGAAUUAAAUAUGAACUCAUUGGAUUUGAGGACAAGUGCAAAUACCCCACCACCUGAGAAACAAACGCUUAAGAACAUAGUCAAUUUAAUUUUAGAUGUAGUGUCCUCAGAUAUGUUUAAUGAAACUGAAUCUGAAGAGGGAGGCACUAAAACUUAUCAAUACAGGCCAACCUAUGGAAAUUUUCUUCCUGGAGGAGCUGAAACAGAUUCAUUUCUCGAAGAUGCCUCAAAAACAGAGAAAAAAUUCACUGGGGAGAGAACAUUACUAAGAGAAGAAACUAAAUCGGACUCUCUUAAACAGUGGGUUCUAGAGAAAACCUUAAGCGAAAUUGAAGUGAAACUCAAAGAACCACAGAAAUCGCCAGUCAUUCCCAUUAUAAGAAAUAUUUUGAAUGAAAUUUUUCAAAGUGCUCUGGUCAAUCAAUUAAACGUGCUUUCUCUCUCCCACUCUCAUUUAAGUGGCAUCCCUCACAACACUGAUGAGACAAUUCCUCCAACAUCUGUUCAAUUUAUAGAUGAAACAGAUAGAAUGAUGGGUUCUUUAGUGUCUGAAGCAGAUGUAAUCAUAGUGGUAGAUGAUGUUGUUAGAAUUGUAUUUCAUAAACUUUAUGCAGCUGCCAUGCCAGAAAUAAACACAAGUGAAAAUAGGUAUAAGUCCAUCACCUUUAGAGCAAAUGUUUCUUUACAGGAACACCCCCAUGAAGGCAAGUCUUCUGUUACUGUGCUAGAUAAGAACCCUUGUACUCCUAAGUCCAGGUUCAGUGUUAACAAACAGGCUAAAGUAAAUGUAGUUGAAGAUAUUGUACAGGCAAUUUUAAUUAAUUUAGAAACUUUUGCUACUUCCAAAGUAAACUCUCUCUUUCAUCCCAAAAUCAACUUUACAGUUCCACUGGCUUUACCUAUUCAGCAGGAUGAAAAUACAUUAAGCAAAACAUUAUCAGCCAAAGAUUUGUAUUCUGAAGAUCAGUUUUCCUCUUGCUCUGUGGAUCAUAUUACAUCAGAAAAGACCAACUCAAUGUGUCAACUCUCUUUGAAUAAAUUAAAUACAUAUGCAACGGAAGUGGCUAAAAAAAUUUUACAAGGAAUCAAACAUGAGUUAGAUAAAGAAGAGGAAAGAAGUCAUUUCUUAACUCAUAACAUUGUGGUUCCUGAAAAUAUCGCAAGUCAAAUUGUUAACACCGUGUUAGAUAUUGUGUCAUCUAAACGGAAAUGUAACAAAAACAAUUCUGAGAAACAGAUUGAUUCAGAUCAACAAGAAGGUAUUAUUGAAAAGCUGUUUAAUAAGACUGAAUAUAGAAAAGUACUUCAGUUUCAAAUACAAGAUACCAUUGAAGGUAUCUUAUGUGAUAUUUGUGAAAAAACACUGCAUCAGAAUAAUCUAUCUUGUGCCACAUCCACUCUGAAACUUAGCCUAGCUGGAAAACAUUCUGGAGCAGCCUCUGAAGUAUUCACUGAGGAUGCAAAAAAGAUUAUUCCAAAACUUUCAAUUCCGAAAUCAGAUGUCAUUUUGAUAUCUAAUGAUAUAGUAGAUAUUGUUCUUCAUAAUCUCAGUUCUGCUGUCAAGCCCAGCAUAAAUGCAAAGAAUCUUACUUCUGAAAAAUUGCCCCUGACCAUUUGUGACAUAUUUUCAAAAGCAGAGUGCCAACAGCUUCCUCUAAUGGGGUCAAAAAGUGAAGGACAAAGAGAGCAUUGGCCAUCCUCAAGAAAUCUGGAGUCAGCUUAUGUUAAUGAUUGUCAGAAAACAAUGGAGAAAGAAGAUGCCAAGAAAUCUCCUAACCAUUGUGAGGAGAAUGCCAACUUCAUUACUAAAACUAUUUUCAAUAGGUUAGAAGCUUUUGCCACAGAAAGAAUAGAUUCAUUAAUUACUCUUGCUUUCCAGACUAAAGACGAGUCAUUUGAUAGCCAGGAGCUGGAAAAUUAUAAACAAGAUGAUAGCAUCUUUCAUGAAUCAAGCCAAGUAGAAUCAAAUGCAGAUGUCCUGAAAAUAUCCACUAAAACUAUCCUCAGCCAAGAACUCACAGAUUCCACUUUUGCAAGUGACAGAGAAAAUCUUCACUCCACAAUCCAUCUAUUACAAGCUACUCUUAAGGAAUAUGCUGAUAUCAUUGCCAGUGCCAUUUUGAAACUUAUUAAAAAUGACUUAGACUUAGAAAUCCAAAAGAUGUAUCCACAUCCAAACAACAUUUUAUUCCAAGAAAAUACCAUUGUGAGUGGAAUCACGAACAGUAUAUUAAAGAGUUUAUAUGAUAAAAGAUCUGCAAAGGAAAGUAGUGUUUACUCAGAAGACAACCCUAGAUUAUUUUCACAACUAACUGUAUCGAAUGAAAUACUGCUAGGACAAAGAGAACAGGAGAAAAAUAAACUAUCUCAGUUUUCAAACUAUCCUUUAGAACAAAACCAAAUAACAUUGGAAAAAGAAAGCCAGAGAAUUGCUUUGGAAGAAAUAUUUAUGAGAAAUGGGAAAUCAAAACAAAAAGGAGAGACUGCAAUGUUCAGUGUGGUAGAAGAAGUUUUAACUAAAGUUCAUCAAAGAAUAAUGGAAAUCAUAGGCCAUUUGCUGCCAUUUAAUGAAUUCCCCCACUGUGUAUCUAAUUCUAGAAUUAAAACAUCAGACAUAACACAAAAAAGCUUUCAGUCACAGAUUAAUAGCAUAGCAAAUGAUAUAAUUGAAUGUGUUUUGGAGAAAAUGUACUCUGUAGUUACAUCAUUAAAUGAGAGUAACAAAAAAGAAACAUCUGACAACAAUGAUACCUUGUCUAUAAAAGCAGGAUGCAUCAAAAAAACUAAACAAGCAGGAAAAGGAAGUAAUCCCACCAGGUAUGGGAUACCACAGGUUUAUCCUUAUGCAGGCAGUCAAAACGUCUCUCAGUUAGAAAACAAUUUUUUUCAAUAUUCACCAUUGCAAGUGGGGAAGGAUUUAGUCCAAAUAGUUCUUAGUAAGAUCAUAAAUUUUGCCUCAACUCAUCUAGAAGAGACUUUUUCUAAAGUGGGCUCUAAGGGCAGCCCUAAACCAGAUUUUAAAACAACUUUAAAAACAAAAUCAAAAGUUACUCCUUUGCCUAAAUUUAAAACAAAAUCAUACCUAGGACCUCGCGGUGCUAAGGUCAAGAGCAAGACCAAGUUAGGUCCUAGAGAGAAAACUCCAAAAGACAAUCAGUCCAAAGCUACCCCUGGGCUGCCACACACCUUGUCAACAGGCGAAGCCCAAAAUUUACUGAAAAUGAAAUUGCCCACUUCAGAACUAAAAAUGUAUGCCAAGGAUAUAGUAAGUAAUAUCCUGGAAACAAUUGUGAAAGAAUUUGAAAAGAUGAAGCAAACGAGAGCAAUGAUAAAUGGUGAAGCUUUACCAUCUGAUCAAAUCAUGGCAGCAAAAAAAAUUGUUAAUACAGUUUUACAAGGAUUAUAUGCUACAACUAACCAAAAUUUGGCUUAUCCAAUCAAAUGCUCCCAUGUGGAUCAUCUCAGAAUUACACAGGGGAAUUCAGAUGCAGAGUACCUCGCCAAACCACAAGCAUGUUUCUACUUGGAAAAUGUUUCUUCACAGCUAGAACAGAUUUUUCCUAAAGAAGGUAUAUUUAAAAAAUUGUUUGACAAAUGGCAGGCAGAAUCAAGUGAUAUAGAAAACGAAAAUUAUACACUAAUGAAGAUAGCUGAAAAUGUUUUGACUGAAAUCCCAAUAAAAGCAAAAGAAUUAGAACAUUCUCUUUCAGUUUUAAAUUUGCCACAUCUGAAGGACUGCGAAAGCAGGUUCUAUAAUCAUUUUAAAGGAGCCUCUACUAGAGCUGAAGACACCAAAGCACAAAUUAAUAUGUUUGGAAGAGAAAUUAUUGAAAUGCUGUUUGAAAAAUUACAGCUGUGUUUUUUGUGCCAGGUGCCCUCCCCAGAUAGGAAAGAAACUCUAGCAAGUAGGAAAAAACAUUUUAGUACUAAAAGUAAAUAUGAUUUGCCAAUCAAGGACAUCCUCAGCAGUGUACCAAUAUCUAACACAAAGACUAUAGACCAAAUUUCUUUGGGCUCUAGCAACCAAGUGAUUCGGGAAAUUGUAGAAAGGGUUUUAAACAUUUUAGAGUCAUUUGUAGACUUGCAAUUUAGAUAUAUCUCUAAAUAUGAGUUUUCUGAAAUAGUGAAAAUGCCUAUAGAAAACUUUUUUCCUGUCCAACAGAGACUGUUAAACAAAAAGAUGUUGCCAAAUUUACAACCAUUGAAAAAGUUUUCUGAUGAGCCCAAUUCAAACACUAUUGUUUCCCAGGAAAACAUACAGAAUACCUUUCUACAGAUUCACUCAUUCCAUUCAGAAUUAUUUACACAUGCUGUUAAUAUUGUCAGUGGCAUGCUUGGUAUAAUUAAGAAUAAGCUAGAUAAAGAAAUAAGCCAAGUGGAACCAUCUUCAGUUAGCACAUUGAAAGAGACUGUUACAGCAAGUGAGAUCAUUGGCAUACUGAUGGACCAGUGCACUCUUAUCAAUAAGCUUCCAAAGGAAACUUUGUUCCACAGAGCAGAAAAUACCUAUAUUGUUAAUCAGGUUGAAUUGGCAACUAAUAUGAAAAUGCCCAUGUCAAAGUUAAAGGGAGUUAGUCUGGGGAAUAAUCCUUCACAAAUCAGUGUACCUAGUGUUGUGUAUUUUGCGGAGGAAAAUAUGAAAAAAAAGCAUAAGUUUUCAUCAAACUUACCCUCAUAUGCCAGAGCCUCUGUAGAAGAUACAAAUAAAAACACAAAGCCAGUGGAAAGGCUUGAUUCAGAAAAUAGACCAUCAUGCUUUAGAAACACAGUACAAGACUACAGCCCCUGGGAAUCGAACUUUGGCCAUUUUGUCCAAACCAUAAAAGGAAAAAAUUCUCUCCCGGAAGGCAGUGUCUUACAAAAACUGUGUAAGAAAGCAAAUGAAUCCACAGAAGCAGCAUUAAAGCAAGUCAUGUCAUUCAUAGAAAUAGGAAAAGGUGAAAAUCCAAGAGUAUUUCAUUAUGAAAAUCCAAAACCAGUUGAGCCAAACCAAAUUCAGACAACUGUUUCUCCACUCAAAAUAUGUUUAGCUGCAGAAAAUAUUGUCAGUACUGUGCUAUCAAGCUAUGGUUUUCCAAGUCAACCACACAUUAAUGAAAACAUGGAAACAAUGAAACCAUUUUUCAUAUCAAAGCAAAACUCUUUGUCUGUAAUAUCCGGACAAAAGAAUGAGGAGAAAAAUCUGCUUAGAAUGUGGGAUAAGAAAAACAGCUGUAUACCUGAAGAAGAAAAUAAAAUUCCUAAAGCCAGUAGGGGAGAUUUUUCUUUAUUGCAAAUAUGGGAAAGUAAGAGAUACUCAAAGACCCUGAAAGAAGUUAAAGUCAUCGCUUUUGCUGAUCAUGAGCUGGGCCCAAAUGAAAUUCAUUUAGUAGCCAGACAUAUCACUUCAUCUGUGGUUGCAUAUUUCAAGAAUUUUGAAACUAGAGUUUCCAGUAAGGAGAAGUCUAUUAUUUCUGCAUUAUCAAGAAAAAAAUGUGAAUCAAAACAGCCUCUAAGAAGUAUACACAAUAAUUCUUCACUUAAUCAAUUUUGUGAACACCUCACUGAGUCUAUCAUUUGCCAUUUAACUUCAAGCAUUUCUGGCAACACCAAAGAUAGCAGAGAAAAAGAGAAAGCAUUGGAAAGCCAAAAUGCAGCAUUUAAUAGGGUUAUUUCCAUUGAUUCUCAUAUGUUUGAGAGUAGGUCAAUUUCUGUUGGGGAACUUGCUUUAAGUAUUUCUGAAAUCAUUACUGAAAUCCUCUUUAACUGUAACAUUAUAGAGGCUGACAUUGCAGAGCAAAUGUUUCCUUUAAAAACAAAGUACAUUUACUGCCCAGCAGUAGCUGCUGACUUUGAUAAUCUCUUUCAGGAUCUGUUAACAGGAGUGAUUCAUGUAAUGUCCAGAGAAAUAGGAAUAAACCAUCACUUUGAAAGCAAUGGAAGAAAAAAAUCAUUGUCCAUGCUUAGGAGAAAUAGUGUGCCCAUUGGCAAUGAAACAAAUACCAAGGAAAGACCGAAAAGAUCCAGAAAUUGGAAAUCGUCUACUUACCAAAUAGAUAAUCUCCUCCAAAAAAAUAAAUUAAACCAUCUGGCAUGUAAGUUAGACAGUCUGGUUGGUAGUGUAAAAACUAGUGAAUCCAAAGAAGUGGUCAAUAAAGUUUUUAAUAUUGUUUUAGAUUUAUUUUUACCAGAUGAAUAUGCAGGUGAGGCUAUGAAUUCUGAUAAAAAGGCAGGAACAUUGUUCUUAUCCUCAAAUGAUCAGCAAAGUAAUAGCAUACUUGGAAAUAACUUUGGCCUCACCCCCAAAUCAGUUUUUCUUCUCAAUGUUGUGUGUGAGAAACUUAUUAGAACACUUUUGGAAAAAUGCACAAGCACUGUUUUUCUUGAUAAUAGCCCUUUUUCUGAUGAAAUACCAGCAGAAGAAUAUAAACUUUUAAAAAUACUUCAAAGUAUACAAGAUGAAGAAUUUGAUUAUUGUAAGGGAGUAAUGGACUGUGAACAAUUUCAAGGAGAUUGUAUGUCAGACUUUUUGGAAAAUCUGGCAGAAAUGGAUCAAGAUUCAUUAUCAUCAGACUCUAUGCUUACUAUUAUUUCCCACAGCUUGGUUAAAUCAUUGAUGGACAAACUAUGUCACAGUACACAACUGCCCCAAAGCCCACCUUUUGCAAACAAGCAUUUGAAGUAUGUGGGAAGAGAAAUACAGUCUAGUUUCAUAAAUGUACAAAGGCCAGAAUUAACAAAAUUAGGACAAGAUAAAACCUUUUUAGGAUGUAUGAGUUCUGAUGGUAAUGCUUUGACAGGAUCCCUGAAUAAUCUCAGUGGGGUUAGUCCUAAAAAGCAAUCACCAUUUGGCAAGAAAUGUUCAGUAAAUUCCACUUUUGUGUCAACUCUCAACAGACAGGGAACAAAGGAUAUGGAUGCAAUGCCCACCCAUAAUAAGCUAUAUCCAGGAGAUAUAAAUACCAGUGUGUAUUCAGCCACAUUUUUGGAGGAUAUAAUCUCAGAACUGUUUUUUAAUCUCUCUACUUCACUGUGGGGAAAAAAUGAAAACAUCACUGAGGGCCGGCUCAAUGAGAUGAAUACAUUAUUUGUCAACAAUGUAGUAAAUGAGUUUAAUAAUGCACAAGUCACUGUUUUACGGAAUGUUGAAGAAAGGCUAUGUUUUCCACCAGUCCAUAAGGAAACUAUUAAUAGACUUGUUGACUCAGUUUAUUAUGAUGUUUUACAGCAAUAUAAAUAUAAAGUGACUUGUGAUGAUAAUCUGGCAUAUGACAAUACAUCGAUGGCAGAACAAAUAACUAACAGCAUAUUGUUAGAGACUUUAGACUACCAACUCCCAUCUUGCUUCAGAGCAAAGCUCAUACCAAAUUCAUAUUGCCCUCUCCAAGCUGAAAUUAUAUUGCAGAAACUUCAGAAUAACUUGAGAAAAUUUACUUCCCAGCCCAGGUCUUCAGCAGGCUAUAGCACCAUGUUGCCACACUCAUUUUUAGAAGACAUAAUCAGAAGACUUUUAUCUCAACUGAUACCUUCACCCAACAAAGCUUCCCCUUUGGGAAACAAAUAUUUCAUGGGUUCAGACUUCACUGAAAUGUCUACCUGUAUAAUGAAUAAGGUUAUAUCAGCCAUUUCAAAACAUAAAAUUUGGUUCACUAUAUAUGAUAAUAAAUAUCUAUUUGUCGGAAGAAACCUCCAGAAGAUGGUGGAUACUGUUUAUCAUAAUAUUGUGCAAAUGUCUGAUUCUCUUGUUUCAAUACAGAAAAGUAUUGUCAGCCAAAGCCCGAUUAUGAUUGACCGAAUAGCCAGUUUUAUUAUCCAAGAGAUUAUUGAAAAUCAUCUUCAACCAUUUUUGUGUGGAGAAGGUUUACCUCGUCCAAAUACUCCAUUGGAUGCAAUAUCAAAUAUGGUUAAACAGGUUCUCGAUGAAGUCAUAGAGUCACACAGACACCACAUGCCAUCACCCUCAGGUAUUUAUCCUGAUACAUUUGUAGGGGCAAUUGUUGCCAGACUUUUAUCAAAGAUUUUCAGUCCAAAGCAUAACACUGAAAUUGAACUAGAAACUAUGACCCAAAAAGUAAUAAACUCAAUAAACAGCCAUUUUAACAAAGCUAAAAUUCACAUUCUAUAUGAUGACAAAGAACAGUCUUACACCUCUGCAGAUACAGAUAUUGCGGAUGCACUUGUUACCUCGAUUUAUAGAAAUGUUUUAAAACAGCAUGGGCUAGACCCUGAGAUUGAUAAAGAGUCUGAAGACAGUGAUAUUUUUGUGGAAAAUAUUACCAAUUUAAUUGUAGCAGCUAUUUCAGAUUACCUUCUUCAUCCCUUAUUUUCUGGGGAUGUGUCAUCAUCUUCCUCUUCUGUUUCAAUGGCUGAAAAUAUUGUUCAAGACAUUCUUAGUGACAUCAGUAAAUCUAACAAUUCAUAUCAGAAUGUAUCUCCAUAUAACACCUUAGUGCCAUACACAUUUUUGGAAGACAUGAUAAGGGCACUGUUAUCUAGAAUCUUUCCUUCUGCAUCUAGCAUUGUUCCAGACAGAGAAACUCCAAAAGACAGAUCAAGAAUGAAUUUCAAUGAAAUUGCUUCAAAGAUAAUUAGUGAUAUUAGGAUGAAAAUUUCCCAACAUGAAAUUCGAUUUUCAAAAAAUGAAGAAGAAACUAAGUUUGUUUAUUCAGAAGAUGAUGUUCAGCAUCUUGUUGACUCAGUAUUCAAAAAUAUAUCACAAAACUCUGAGUCUCAAGAAUUAAUUGAGCAAAAUAUCACAAGCAGUAAUGAUGUUCUUAUCGAUAGAAUAGCAGGUUUUAUCAUUAAACAUAUCUGUCAACAUCAUCUUCAGCCAUUUGUGGAUGGAAAGUUAUUACCUUCUUCAUCAUAUACAUAUUUUGAUGAUGAGAGAAAACAGUGGUUUUAUGCCAGUGUUUAUUCCUCAACUUUCUUGGAAGAUGUAGUCUCUGGGGUUUUAAGCAAAAUAUUCCACAGGGUGUUAGGCAUUGUACAAACAAAAUCAGUAAGAGAUUCAGAAAAUGAACUGUUUGAUAAAGCUGAAAAACUCAUUCAUUUGAUAGCAGAGGAAUUCUCAAUAGCUGAAGUUAGCAUUCUGGAGAAUGCUGAGGAACAAUUGUGUUUGCCUCCAGUAGAGAGAGAUGUAGUCAAGAACAUUAUUGACACAAUAUACAGCAAACUUCUGCAAGAAUAUGAAAUGGAAAUCAUGCAUGCUGAAAAUUUUCUAAAGGACACAAAAACAUUGGCUGCAAGGAUAACUAAAAUUAUCCUUGCUGAAACUUUUGAUUUCCAAAUUCAUCCAAACCUCAUAAGAAAGCUUCCUUUUAAGUCACACUCCAAACUCAAUACUAAUGUUCUGAUAAAAAGAGUUCAGUGUAAUGUUACCAAAUCAAGAUGUCAAAGGCAGGCAUCAUCAAUGUACACUACCAUGUUAUCGCAUACUCAUUUGGAAAAAAUUGUCACUCAGCUUAUAUCUCAGGUGACUACACUGGCCUCCAGGACAGAACACCCAGAUACCUCUCAAUCAGACUUAAGUGGUACAGUCAUAAAACUGAUAAAUGAAAUUAUGUCAAUAAUUUCAAAACAUGCAAUAUGCAUUAUUAAACAUGGGAAUGAAAAACAAAGUACGAUUUCAGAAAAAGAUAUCCAGUCUAUGGUUGAUUCCAUUUAUGCUGAUCUUUCACAUUCAAAUCUAUAUCAGUCUCUUAAAAGAGAUAAAAAAGGUAUAAGUAACAUACCUGUUUCAAAAAUAGCAAGUUUUAUAAUAAAAGAAAUCUUUAACCGCCAUCUUCAGUCAUUUUUAUCUGGAGAUAAAACUCUUGUUUCAGCUGCAGUUGAUCAAACAUAUAAACAGAAAGCAAUAGAUCCUAAAGAAAGAGAAUUGUCUUUCAUUGUGAACUCGGCUGUGUUUUUGGAGGAGGUAAUUUCUGAGCUUUUAUGUAAACUACUUUAUGCAUUCUCACACAAUUUCUUGGUUGCUGAAAACCCAAAUACAGCAAAAGCCAAAAUUACUCGUAUUGUUACAACAUUAGUAAAUUCAAUUGUUCUGGAGUUUACCACAUCAGAGAUUCUAGUUGCAGGUAACUUUGAUGAUGAUAUGUGUUUUCCAGAAGGCUAUAAAGAAAUUGUUAAAAAUACAGUCAACCUAAUUUAUGAAAAAAUUUUAGAUGAAAAUAAAUCUCUGAUUCAAGUAUACAGGGCUAUACAAAGUGACACUGUUUGUUUUGGAAGAAAAAUAUAUCAUUUGCUAUUGGAGGAAAUUUAUGAUUAUCAGGUACAGUUAUUAGUUUCAGGAGAAUUAGUGUCUUCUUCCUGUUCUUCCCUUCAAGCCGAUAGUAUCAUCAGAAAUGUGCUCAAUGUCAUCACAAAGGAUCGCCACACCUUGCCAUCAUGUAUUACUGUGCUGCCUCGUACUCUUUUGGAAGAUCUGAUUUACAAGCUGCUAAUGCAUAUCUUCCCUUCAACUGACACUGAAAGUGAUCUUAAAGAGGAAGAAGUUACAUCUGAUUGUGAGUUUGUAGAUGCAACUUCAAAACUGACGGAUGAAAUUAUCAAAGAAAUUUCUGAACAUGAGAUCCGCCUUGCCACAGCAGAGGAGAAUGCAGAAAGUAUGCAAUUAGAAGUGAUUGAGAAUUUGGUUGACUCGAUAUGUAAUAAUAUUUUGAAGAAAUCUGAAUUUAAGUCUGAAGUACAGAAAGGUACAGACAAAAAAGGAGGCUCAUUUCUCAGUAAAAUAGCUGGGUUCAUCAUGAAAGAAAUUGUGGAUCAUCAUCUGCAGCCAUUUUUACAUGGUGAAGAAUCAUCUUCCAGUGACUUAUCUGAUUAUAAACAUAUGUCUGUGCUUAGUAAACCUGGUAAAGAAAAGACACAGCCUGCUCUUUAUUCAGCUACAUUUUUAGAAGAUGUAAUCGUUGAGCUUGUUCAUAAAUUUUAUUCUUUUCCAAGUAUUAUUGAAGAUUCUAAGAAAAAAGAAAUGGUAGAGCCAGACCUUGUGGGCUUAGCUAUAAAAUUUGCAAACUCUCUGAUAGGAGAAUUUAAGAAAAGUGAGAUUAAAGUUCUACCAAAUGCUGAGGAAAUAUUUUCCUUUCCACCAAUUGAUAAAGAAACAGUUGACAAAAUAUCCAAUUUUGUGUAUGAUCAGUUCAUAGGAAACUAUGGAUCUAAUGCUAUUCAGAAGGAUGGUAAAAGUAACAUUGUAAUAGAAAUGAUUGCUGCUUUAGCUCAGAAGGCAAUCUCUACUUUCAAAAUUCAACCACUUUUUUCAGGAGACUGGUCUUCCAUCUUCUUUUCAUUUCUAAAUCCAGAUAACAUCACCCAAAGGGUUCAGCAUCUACCACAGCAAACCUCUAAACAGAUAAAGAAAUGCUCAAAAGGGAAUGAACUUGCUUUACCAAAACAAUCAUAUAAACACACUUCUGCCACCACAGACCAGAAAAAUGUGCUGAACACUUUGGAAAUAGAAAGAGGUGCAGUAAGUCGAAAGAAAGGUUUCAAUACUGAAGAGACCUCAAUGAGAAAAGGUGACAUCCAAGAUCCAAUAGUUUCCCCUGCAACUAGAUUUAUGAAAAGUGACAUGGUUAACCUGUUAUCGGGGUCAGCUGCAAGGGUGGCAAACAAGAAGAAAGAGACAGAAAAUAAAAUGGAAACUUCAAUUAAAAAAUAUAAGAAUUUAUCAAAAGUUACUUUUCCAACUACCACUGUGAAAAGUAAAGAUAUUCAGGAGCCAGAAUUGACAGUAACUCUAAAAAAUAAUAUUGAGAAGAAAAACAUACCAGUUUCAAAAUACAAGAAGAGACAAUAUAAUAAUAUAAACAUACAAUUUCCAGUAAUUACUGAUUAUACAGAAUAUGAGGAGGAAAUACUUGGACCAAAUUUUGAAAUAGACAUUGAAAAGAAGAUUGACAAAACAAGAGAAAAUACACAUAAAAAAGAUGAUCGGUUAUCAUUGGCAUCCGAAGCAAGAAAUACAGAGACCACAACAGAGAAUACUUUGAAAACAAUUAAUCAAAAGCCAAAUAAUGAGGAUGCAAAAGACUCUCCAUCUCAAACAGAUAUAACUGAGGAACAAUACUCAAAUUAUGAGUAUGUUCAAAAUGUCACUGAAAACAUUUAUGAAAAUAUCUUAGAAGAGCACAAUUCUCCAGAAUCAGCAGAUGAUUCAAAAAAACCCCAGAGUCUCCCAAAUGAUACAACAUUGCUUGUAAUUCAAGAAAUUGAUCAAGAUUUUACACAGUCUGUUUCAACAAAGGAUCCAUCCCUUUCAAGUAACAAAAAUCUCUCUGUCAAAGAGAAAGAGAGAAAGAAAGAAAUUGAGAAAGAGGGAGAGAGAGAGGAAGAAAGAGAGAGAGAGACAGGGAAGAAAACAGAAAAAGUAAAAAGUAAGGAGAUUAAAAAUGAACCCAGUAAAUCAGGCAGUCCUCAAAACCCAUCAAAACCUAAGCCUGGAAUUGUUCCUGCUAAAUUUUUAGAAGAUGUUAUCACUGAUAUGGUUAACAAAUUGAUCUUUUCUUCCUCAUCAGAAACACAAACAUGUGAUAGACGUCAAAAUGUAAGGGAUGAUGAAAAUCAAGCUGAACUUUAUGAAACAGCUGUCAAACUUAUGUACUCACUGUUAAAGGAAUUUUCAGAUGCUCAAAUCAAGGUAUUUAGGCCACAUAAGGGAAAUCAGUUUUUUCCACCUGUAGAUAAAAUGUCAUCAGUUCCUAAAACACCGCUUCAGCAUAAAGAAUCAACUACAGAUGAAACAGCAUCCAACAUUAAGAAAAUAACUGUGGAUAAAAUGCCACAUAUGCAUAAAAUGACUAGAAAACCCUCAUUAAAUAAGAUAUCUUUCUUAGAUAAAAUACAAGCAAUUGAUAAACCAUUGGUCAACAAAGUUGUUCAUUCUUCAGUGUGCAAUAUUUUGAAGGAAUAUGGAUCUCAAGAUUCCAUUUGUGAAAAUAUAAAGAGUAAUGGGGAAAUUUUAGCAAGAAGACUAACUAGUGCGGUGAUAAAUGAAAUUUUUCAACAUCAGCUUAAUUUCAUAUAUUGUGAUGAGGUUCCAGCUUCAGCAUGUUUGCCUCUGGAAUUUAAAGAUGUUGUUAAAAAGGUCCAAAAAGUGGCACAAACAGCCAGCAAAGAAUGUCAAACAUCACCAUAUACCAUCAUGCUGCCUCACAAAUUUUUGGAAAAUGUGAUUUCUGCUCUUCUAUCCAAAAUUUUCUUAACAGUAUCCAACACUGAAGUAGAAACAUCUGAGUACAAUUGGUUCACAGAAUUGGAUUUCCUUCAAAUGAAGUUAUUAAGUACAGUUACAACAGCACUCUCCAAUUAUAAAGAUAUAACUAUACAAUAUGUCAAAUCCUUACAUCCCAAUGAUGAUGAAAUUAUUCAAUUAGUGAUUCAUUCUAUUUAUAAUAAUCUCUUAUCACAGUUUGGAUCACAAGAGAUAAUACAAAACUGUGUAGCCAGCGGAUGCAGAAUUCUUUCAGAAACCAUAGUUGACUUAGUUCUGCGAGAAGUGGCUGGCAAUCAACUGCAAAACUAUUUUUCUGGAGAGCUAACUCCACCUCAGUGUGCAGAAGUUGAUAGUGUUGUUGAAAAUAUUCUUAAAGAUGUUAUCCAAACUGCUGAUGCCCCCCAACCUCAACCAUCACAUGUUCAUAUACUGCCUUAUAACAUAAUAGAAGAAAUUGCUGUAAAGUUUUUAUCAAAGCUUUUAUCAGUGUUUCCAAAAGUGGAUGAGGAAAGAACCAAAUCUCUAGAAACUGACAUGCAAAAACUAAGUUCAAAAAUACUAAAUUCAAUACAAGAAUUUAUUUCUAAAAGUAAGAUUAAACUUGUACCACCAGCCAAGGAAUUGUCUACUGUAACUUUAGCUAACAACGAAACUAUUGAAAAGGUAGUUAAUUCUGUUUACAGCAGUGUUUUAAAGCACUCUGGCUCACACACUUCUAUAUUUAAUGAUUUAAUGAGUAAGAGCAAUGUCCUCUCUGACAUAAUAGGUUUCUUAAUGGUGAAGGAAAUUUCCAAUUCUGAAUUUCAACCUCCAGUAGAGGACAAACCAUCAAGUUCAGAAUUAGUUCUGGAAGCUGUCAAAAUUAUGGAAAAAGUGGUCACAAUUGUUGAUGAAUUUAAGUCGCAGGAAAAGUCUUCAUCCAAAAAAGGGUUGAUGUUAGAUGCCAGGUUUUUAGAGGAAGCACUGGCCUUGUUCUUGGCUAAAAUUGUAAGGUUACCAAGUGCCUCAAGCAAAGAUGCACAAAAUUUAUCAAAGUCCGAGUUAAAUAAAAUUGCAUCUCAACUGACAAAAUCAGUGACAGCUGAAAUUUCCCAAAGUAACAUUAAUCUUGUUGUUGCUGAUCCUGAACACUUUUUAAAUCGAGAAAGCAUAGAAAUGAUUUCUGACAUUAUUGAUUCUGUUUACAGUAAUGUAGUACAAUACUCUGGAAGCCAUAAAGAACUCUAUGAUGAUAUAAAAGGUAAAAACACUGUUUUCCCUAAAAAAGUGGCUGGUUUAAUUAUUCGUGGAAUUUCAAAGUUUCCAUUAGAUACAGUUAGCACAAAGUAUUCAAAUGUUAAUCUCUCUGGAAAUCUAGAUGUUAAUAGAAUUAUUCAAAAGGCACAAGAGCAUAUGACUAUUGAUACACCCCCUGAGUUAGAGGGUGAAGAGUCAUAUGAAGAUGUAACUGAAGAGAAUUUUCCAAUUAAAAUAGUUCCAUAUAUUGGGAAUAAAGCAAUAAAAAUAGAUCCAAAAAUUAUCUCAGAACAUUUAGCAGUACUUUCUGUAAAAACCCAACCUCUUGAGAAACUCAAGGUGGAGUGUUUGAGAAAAACUGGACAUAGCUUAACAGAACUGAGAAGAGCAUCAAUAAGCGGGAGAAGCUAUGCCUUACCAGACACCCCUAAUAUAGAAAACACACGGAAAGGAAGACGUACCUCAUUGAAUAAAGAGGGACGACUGGAUGUAAAACCCUUUGAGGCUGUUGGCAGAAAUUCAUUUCAGAAUUUAAGAAAACCUGAUAUCACCAAGGUAGAGCUUUUAAAAGAUGUUCAGACCAAAAAAGAUCUUAUUAUUCGGUUAGUAGCUCAUGAUAUUGAUCAAGAAGUUUCAGAAAGUGCCAUAGAAGAGGGACCAAUGUCUGAAGAUGAAGUUGUUUUAAGAGAGGUUGUAAAAGAAGAAUACUUUAGAGAACAAUUGGAAGACCAAGUAAAAGAAGCCCCGAAGCCAGUAGAAACCAAAGUUGUUUUUCCCAAGCCAACACUAAGCACAAACAGCCUGAAAAAAAUUUUUUCUUUAAGUAAAUGUUGUCACUCCACAUCCAGUGCAAAUAUUGAAAGUACUGAAGCAACCUCAAAUCAUAAAAUAGAACCUAAGGAGAGAAAAGUUAAAAGAGCUGCUGCUAAGCUUAACAUUGCCAUGUGCUCAACACCCAUGACUGAAACAGACUCUUUGGAAAAAAAGCCACAGAAUGAAAAAGUAAAAGGGAAUCUUAGUAAUGAACCAACAUAUCACUUCAUACACAGAAUUAUGAGUUCAUCUUCAUAUAACCAAGAAGAUCUUAUUUCAUCUUCCAGUGAGAUUGAAGAUUUUUCUGCAGAUACAAGUGCCAAUAUAUUAGAAGGAAACUCUCAGGAGCAACAGCCAGAGAAUUCAAACAGUGUGAAGUGUAUCACCACCUUUGAAGGCUACAAGAAUAGUUCUGAAAGUGUAUGUUUCUCAAAAGAAGUCAUUUCAGAAACUCCCAAGUCCAGUGUUAACAUACAAGGAUCUAACAUGCUGGCAAAGGUAUCUUCAGCUCUGUCAAAGGUGUUUUCUCGAGGUAACAUCAGUAUUCCCAAAUCUUCCUCGCCGCCUCAGCAGGAUGAGCACUGAAGCUUUUAUACGUAAUAAAUCUAUGCUUACUUCUCUUAGAAAAUAAAGUGAUUAUUAAAGUAUAA